CAAAGACACAUGGUAUCAUCAGAAAAAAAUUCAAUACCCCCGUCUCACGUGGUACAGUCCAGCCUUAUCAUGUCCCUGAGAGUUCAGUGACCCCAGAUAAACACAAUCAGCUGAUAAGGAGGUUAAAGGUCAGCAGACAAGGGGUGCUCACACAGAUUGGCCAUCAUACAUGGGCACUGCCCAACAAGACACUGUACCAAGUGACUUUCCAGAAUAGACUGCAAUCUGGUUGGUACACUACGACUGUACUAAGUAAUAAGCUUGGGGUUUUGAGACUGGACCAAUGGGGUGCGGGCGCCUCCAGCUGACCCUUGCCCUCAUCAAACCCGACAUCCACGGCCACCCUCGGCUGUACCGGCACCUCGUGGACACCGUCCUGCAGAACCGACUUCUGUUUGUGAGAAGCAGGGUUCUGAGAUGGUCCCAGAAAGACAGUGGCCACUUCUAUGCGGAACACGAGGGGAGAUUCUUCUACAACAGACUUGUCGGGUUCAUGGCUAGUGGGCAGAUGAGCGCACACAUUCUAGCAGGGGAACAUGCUAUCCGAAGAUGGCGGGAACUGAUGGGUCCAACCAAAACCUUCCGUGCGCAGUUCACGCACCGAAACUCGAUACGGGGACAGUUCGGACUCACCGACACGAGAAACUGUACGCACGGCGCCGAUUCCGAAGACUCCGCUCGGCGGGAGAUCGCCAUCUUCUUCCCGGAGUUCGACGCCAAGACGUGGUGGAAGGAACACUCGGAGUUCUUUAAGGAGGGGAUGGUCCAUUUUGAUGAGGAGAGGGUGGAGCAUAUACCAGUGGGGAAGGUUCAUUUUGGUGAGGGGUCGGUGGAUCAAAAACCAGUAGACAAAAUUAGCUGAUGACAAUGGAACUAUUAGUGUAUAAUAUAAUUACAUAUAUGCUGCCAAUUCAUAUAAAACUUAGUGUUGAUGAUGGUUUUAAGCUAGACAUCCUGGGAGAACAAGUUUAUGUAGUACUACAUAAUUCUCCCUUUAUCUCAAAUACAAAAUUGAUUAAGGAACAGAUUCUAGGUUGUGAAAAAGUCAGCUGUUUCAGACAGCAUCCACUAACUUUUAAUUCAAGUGAGAAUCAUUAGCCGAUCUCUCAUUCUCAGUCACUGACAAAAAAAAAGAGGAUCUUUUGAGAAGUUGCUCGAAUCGUUUUGUAUAACAUUUCAAUCUUUGUUCAUGUGACCUCGAUAUCAAACAUCACCAAGUCUAAGAUUUGUAAAUUAAUGAUGACAGCAGUCAUGUGUUCAUUCGUCUAUGUGUCUGGAAUGUUUUUUAUUAGACAGAAUUUACUGACGUCUUUGUGU